UCUGGCGGAGGGGCGGGCCUGGGGCGGCGACCCGGUGGGGCGCGCUCGGCCGCUGAAGUGCUGGUCUUUGUAACGCGCCCGCUGGAUAGGCGGCUGCUCGGAGAGGCUUGCGGGUUCGGAAUGCCUGGGCUGCCCAGGGUCCCGGAACAGGGGCGCGCGGAGCAGUGCGCGCCGGAUACCCCUCGCGCAGGCUUUGUGCUGGGACUGGACGUGGGCAGCUCAGUGAUCCGCUGCCACGUCUAUGACCGCGCGGGGCGGAUCCGUGGCUCCAGCGCCCAGAAGGUAGAAAGUCUUUAUCCUCAAAUUGGCUGGGUUGAAAUUGAUCCUGACAUUCUCUGGCUUCAAUUUGUUGCUGUAAUAAAAGAAUCUGUCAAAGCUGCAGAAAUAGAGAUGAAUCAAAUUGUUGGUCUUGGCAUUUCAACACAGAGAGCAACUUUUAUUAUGUGGCACAAGAAAACGGGAAAGCAUUUUCACAACUUCAUUACUUGGCAAGACCUAAGAGCUAUUGAACUUGUAAAAUCUUGGAAUACUUCUCUUACAAUGAAGCUAUUACACAGUUCCUGCCGAAUGCUUCACUUUUUCACUAGAAGUAAACGAUUUUUAGCAGCCAGUUUGUUCACUUUCACAACCCAGCAUGUUUCUUUGAGAUUGGCCUGGAUUUUACAGAACCUGGUUGAGGUGCAAAAGGCAAUUGAAGAAGAAAAUUGCUGCUUUGGGACUGUUGAUACCUGGUUGUUAUAUAAACUCACAAAAGGUUCUGAAUUUGCCACGGACUUUUCAAAUGCCAGUACAACUGGACUUUUUGACCCAUAUGAGAUGUGUUGGAGCACGCUCAUUACCUCUCUGCUGUCAAUACCACUCUCUCUUCUGCCUCCUGUGAGGGAUACCAGCUACAAUUUCGGAUCAGUGGAUGAAGAGAUAUUUGGUACGCCUAUACCAAUAAUGGCCUUGGUCGCGGACCAGCAGUCAGCCAUGUUUGGAGAGUGCUGCUUCCAGACAGGAGAUGUGAAAUUAACCAUGGGAACUGGAACAUUUUUGGAUAUUAAUACUGGAAAUAACCCUCAACAGAGUGUUGGAGGCUUUUAUCCAUUAAUUGGGUGGAAGAUUGGGCAAGAGGUUGUAUGCUUAGCUGAAGGCAAUGCAGGAGACACGGGCACUGCCAUAAAAUGGGCUCAACAGUUAGAUCUUUUUACAGAUGCUGCUGAGACUGAAACAAUGGCCAAAAGUUUGGAAGACUCUGAAGGAGUUUAUUUUGUUCCAUCUUUUAAUGGAUUGCAGGCUCCAUUAAAUGACCCCUAUGCAUGUGCCUCUUUUAUGGGUUUGAAGCCUUCCACCAGUAAAUACCACCUUGUACGAGCAAUCUUGGAGUCAAUAGCUUUCAGAAACAAACAGUUAUAUGAGGUGAUGCAGAAGGAAAUCCAUAUUCCUGUAACAAAUAUCCGGGCAGAUGGAGGAGUUUGUAAGAACAGUUUUGUCAUGCAGAUGACUUCAGACCUGAUUAAUGAGAAUAUAGACAGACCUGUCCACCUUGAUAUGUCAUGCCUAGGUGCAGCUUAUCUAGCUGGUCUUGCUGUUGGAUUUUGGACUGACAAAGAGGAACUAAAGAAACUGAGGAAAAGUGAAAUGGUUUUCAAGCCACAGAAGAAAUGGCACGAAUAUGAAAUGAGUAUGGAAAACUGGGUCAAAGCAGUGAAACGCUCCAUGAAUUGGUACAACAAGACAUAGAACUGAAUGGAAUGGCUGAGACUAUAGAUGGCUGGCUGAUGUGACAUGCAGAUGGGACAAAGCUCAGGAAUACCGAUAUGACAACCACUGAGAGGAGAAGAUUUAAAAUGAGCUUUGCAACCUGAGAGGAAAAGCAUUGCUGUUUU